AUGAUGACAACAAAAGAUGACAACGGUGAUCGCAUGUUCACAAGCGAGGAAUUUUUGACAACACAACAAGUGUCAAGUUUUUUCUCUCGUCUGGCAUCGAAGAAAAGACUACCCAAUGUGCAGGAUGAUGACGACGCUCUUGAGGCAGAGAAUGAGACAGACCUUCAAGAUCUUCAGGAAUUAGUAGUUCAAGAAGUAACUCUGCAACACCCAAUUUAUUACGACCGUCACAACAUGUGUGAGCUCAUUAGCAAUUCAAAGAUGAAAAGAUUCGCAGUUCCAAUGUUGCAACAAAUGUGCAUUCAUUUUGAUAUUGACAUUAACGACAUCAAGGCAAACUUAAAGCAGCUUUACAUAGACAAACUUACUAUCUUUGUUGGACAAUGCCCUUGUGCAAUGUGA